AUGGCGGAGAUAGCUGGUGAAGCCUCCCUUGAAUUUGCCCCUGGUCUUUUGGACGUUGUCCAAUCUGUUGUCCCUCCUACUAUUGAGUUCUUUAAGAGUCUCCCUACCGCUGAGCUCUCCCAGUGGGGUGUCUAUGCAAUCGUGCUUAAGAAGCCUGGUUGUUCUCCUAAGUUGUACAUCGGCUCUGGAACAUCCUCGAGGGGCGUACAUGACCGGCUGAACCAGUACUCUCAAUGUCGUGUCAAUAUGCUCCCCGUCGGAGUUAAGGCUGCCUUUGAUGACGGAUUUUCCAUCACCCACCAAGGCGUACUUUGUCGAAUCCCAAUGCCAACGCCAGCCUGCGCCCCUCUCAACCGUCUUCUAAUACGUGCUCUCGAAGCCACGUUUGGGUUCUUGUUCUGGGCAAUGGGGCCACAGAAGGAAUACCCUGGAAUGGACAAGGUCUGUCUCUGGGACCGUGCAACCAUAGAAUACGAAGGCCUUUGCUCACAUUCCUCAUUGACUGAAUGGGUCCAUGAUGACUUCAACCUUACCGCUGAGGAACUCGAAGCUCACGCUGCUGAGAGGAAGAAGACGCAACGCAAAAACAGGUCCAUGAACGACAGUAAUCGGCACUAUAGACAGAUGGCUACAAACUACGAUGCUUAUACGACUGCUGUCUCCGAGCGAGUCUCCAGAUACAGAGCCAAGAACCCGGGCAGACACACUGCAAAUCAAGCCAAGAGCCGGGCUAUUGCGCUUGCCGAGAAGAAGUAUUAUUGCAAUGACUGCGAACUUGCGCUCUCUAAGAAAUCGACACUGCUGGCUCACUACAAGACUGCCAAGCACAAGCGCAAGCUUGUCGACACAAGAAGAACGUUCGUCACCUCAAGGCUAUAG